AUGGCACCGUGGCCCCGCGCACUGGACAACAUUGGUGCAUCACAAUCGCCAGCUGCGUCGCCGCCCGAAGUUAUCAGCAGCCGUAUAGAUACGGCUUACACCCGCAUCCCCGAUGGGUUGACCGGUCAUCAGUGGACGAUCAUUCAAUCGACAUCGCUUGCCGCCGCUGCAUUGAGUUUUGCAUCUGUGACUUUCGCCUUUUACUGGUUUUCUCGGAGGAGACGAAGCUUCAGACAUGAUCUCAUUAUGCUGCUCAUGUCGAGUGACAUGCUCAAAUCGUUGUGGUUCAUCAUAUUCCCAAUCGUGGACUUCAAGAGCGGCCCAGUUGCCUCGAGCUCAUCAUUCUGCCAAGCCAGCGGCUUCUUCCUCGCAGUCGGCAUAGAGGCAUCGGACAUUGCUGUUGUGCUCAUCGCUUUGCACACGGCCAUUUACAUCUUCCGACCGCGGCAUUCCGGGCGCCAGAGUGGAUUGUAUCCCCACCGUCGUCUUGCCUUCAGCGCUUUUGCAUUCUUUCCACUUUUGAUGGCUUCAUUGGCGUUUAUCAACUGGCCAGGUUACGUCAACAACGGGGAGUACUGCUACCUACCCGCCCGCCCCGAAUGGGCAAGACUCGCUCUGAGCUGGGUUCCCCGCUACAUGAUCUUGCUCACUAUUGUUGCGCUUUACGCCUACAUCUAUAUCUAUGUUACUCUUCGCAUGCGGCGUUUCGGUCGGCUCAGUGCCAUGCGACGUGCGAGUGCGACACAUAUGUUAGACGAUGGACAGUGGGCCCACAUUCCAUCGGUGCCAGCCACUCCAACGUCACGCCGCGGGUCGGAAACCUCGACGGAAGACUCGGAUCAGCAACGCACCUCUUCCACAAAUGCUACUAUGACCGCCGAGAUCGAGCUUCUCCAUAGCCGUCAGAAGAUUCAAUGGAACUGGCCGAGCUAUGGAAACGAGGAUGAUGGUCGCAUACCGGAACCCAAUGACAGUGUCUCCCCCGCCAGCACAAGUCCACUCUCCACCAACUUCGAGCCUAUUUCUCCUCCUCCGCAAAGCUACAUGCGCCGCGAUACGGUCGACGUGAACCCGCCCCAGGCUUAUUAUAAUCACGGGAGCUUCAGCACUCAGUGGCAACCACCCAACAGCCCAACAAGUGCUCGAGCCAAGUCGCUCGCCAACAUCUGGUCAAUCCUCCGUCGAGGCACCUCCACCUCCCUCGACUCUGAUACAGACCACAACAACACUCCCUUUCUUUACCAUCCUACCAUUGAUGGCACGGGAAUGGCAAAAACUCGCGACAAGAUUCGUCGUCAACUGCGACUACUUUUUGUUUAUCCACUUGUAUACAUACUCAUUUGGGCCGUUCCUUUUGUCGCCCACGUUAUGCGCUGGGACAACCCAGAGCAAGCUGGCCCUUUCGUGGUUGUGCUUUUAUCGCUAGGUCUUGUUAACGCAUGUCUAUUUUGUGCCGUAGAGAAGCCGUGGAUCGACACGCAAGCCAGACAUCGGAGGACGCCGUCAAAAUUACGGCGGGAUAAAGAUGAAGCCCGGCAACGGGUAGGGAGGAGAACAUCAUUAGCGUAG